UCUUUGGCCAGUAUUUUUCCGGCUAGCGUUAUAUUCGGCUGUUUAGUGAAUCUUCGCGAUGUGGCCCCUGCGACGAUUAAUUUCUGCAAUUGUAAUAAUUAGCGUCUUUAAUAACCAUACGGAAGCCUACCGGAUACUCAGCAUCGGCGCCAGUCCCAGCCGUUCACAUGUGAUUGUGCAGGAAGCACUAGCCAAGGAACUUGCUCGUCGUGGUCAUCAUGUUACCAUGGUCACACCGUUCCCUACAGCCCCAUCGAUAGAAAAUUAUCGGGAGAUAACUGUGCCGCUGUCCGAUGAAGGAAAACGUCUGAUGUCGCACUUUAUCAAUGAUCAAUCGCGUUGGGCAAUGAUACAGAGCUUUUCAGCCAUGAAUAAAGUGUUUAUGGAUGUGGCGAACGAUUCCAUAAACCAUCCGGAAGUGAAACGUGUCAUGGUGGAGGAAAAAUUCGAUCUGCUAAUCAUAACCAUGAUGGCAGAUUUUCUACUCGGUUUGACCCAAUUGUUAGACGUACCUGCGGUCACUGUCAGUCCGAAUGCCAUGGUUGGAUUCAUGAAUGACGUUGUCGGUAAUCCAAAAUCAAUUGCCACCGUGCCAAGUGUUAUGCUAGGAGUUAGCAGUCCAAUGAAUUUCGCCAGUCGAAUUACGAAUUUUUUUGGAUGGUUACUAGAAACUUUGUUUGGAUGCUUAAUAUCUUACAACUCGGAACGAUACUACAACUCAAAUUUUCCGCGCGAUCGAUUUCAUCCAUACGCCGAAGCUCGCAAAAACAUUUCGCUAAUACUAGUUAAUCAGCAUUUCACCAAGGCUUCACCACGUCCAUACGUACCUGUCGUUGUCGAAGUUGGUGGGUUACAGGUCAAGGAGAAACCAGACCCGCUACCAGAAGAUAUUCAAAACUGGAUUGAUGGUGCGGAGCAUGGUGUUAUCUUUUUCAGCUUAGGUUCAAACAUACAAAGUUCAUCGAUGCCCGCUGAAAAACUAGAAGUUGUGCUCGGUACCUUGAGAAAGCUAAAGCAACGAGUUAUCUGGAAGUGGGACUCGCAAGAUAUGCCCAAUAAACCACCGAACGUUCUGCUACGUUCGUGGAUGCCCCAAGAUGAUAUUUUAGCACAAAAAAAUGUUCGGCUCUUUAUAACCCACGGUGGCUUAGGAGGAGUGGCUGAAGCCCAGUAUCACGGUGUUCCCUUAGUGGGUAUUCCAUUCUUCGGAGACCAACAGGGUAAUCUCCAGAAAGUUCAAAAAGAAGGUUGGGCGGUUGUAUUGGAAUAUGUUGAUCUGACGGAGCAAAAGUUCUCCGCAGCGAUUGACGAGGUGUUGCGAAACUCGAGUUACACCGACACAGUCAGACGGCUUUCGAAACUGUACCGAGAUCGUCCGAUGACAGCUAUGGAUACUGCCGUGUUCUGGACAGAAUACGUUAUUCGACACAAAGGGGCACCACAUAUGCGCUAUCCUGGGGUGGAUUUGAACUUUUUCCAGCUGUACAUGUUGGACGUAUUGGCGGUUUUGGGUUCAGUUGUAGUUUUGUUGAUAUGGGUAAUUGUACGGGUGUGUAAUAUGUGUUGUGGUAAAAAGAAUCUGAAGCUUAAACAGUAUUAGAGUUGUCGAUUCGAUAAUAAAGUAACACACAGUGUUGUAG